CAGGGUUUCAAAGACGCGACUUGUUUAAAAAUAGCCGUAUUGCGCUUGCUUACACAUUUGGUCCUGGUUGAUGUUAGUCUAUAAUGUUUGAGUGAAAUGUCUCUGAAAGUGAUUAUUCGGUUAUUCGAUCAGCCUGAAAAUGAGUUCGCCGAAGCUCAACGAGAGAUGUCCAAGCAGCAUGAGCAAUGGCAAGAAACAUCUCAGUACAGAAUCCAAGGAACAUUCUCUAGAUAGUUCUAUUCGAGAAUCGAUAAAGUCGGAAAGAACAGGAGCGAAGUCUGAAGAAGACUGUAGGCGUCGUACUAUCAUUGUAGAAAAGAAAAAUGGAAGCUAUGGUUUUACAUUGCAAAGUUACGGAAUUCAUUACAAAAAGGAACAAGAAAUAGAAGUUAUAACAUACGUGGACCAUGUAGAAGCAGAUGGACCAGCGGCUGCAGCGGGUAUGCGAGAAGGUGACGUCAUCCUCUCUAUCAAUGGAACAGACGUAGAACGCGCGGAUCAUGCAACCAUAGUCACCGCUAUCAAUGCCAGUGACUCUCGUAUGCGCAUUGUUGUUAUUUUUGAAGACUGUGUACGGAAAGUGGAACUUCAUCUUAAGUAUAUAAAUAUUCAACGUACUUUGCAAUCCAAAAUGCGUGAACUUGAACAACUCAGUAUUCGUGAGAGACAUGUUUUUGAUUCUAAUUGGAAAACGCAUAGUCUACCUUCUCAGAAGAAGAAGUCUUCUCCGUCAGAUAUAAUUUCAGAUUCUGAAGAAAACAAUACCAAUGACAAUAUUAAUAGUGCUUAUUGUCGGCCUACUUUAUCUAGUGAGAACGUAACUGCUAAACCACCUCAACCAAACGUGUUCAUGUACCAAUAUUUAGACCCAAGGUAUGGUGCGUGUAUUAUACAACCCAAUUUACGUACAGGAGGUUUUGUUAUAACUGUAGGUUCGCCUAGAAAUAGACGUGAUUGUCACCAUUACGUAGUUAAAACUUCAAAUGAAUGCCAUCGUGUUUCUGAAGCUUAUAAGCCAGCUAACCCCAAACAUACAAAAACUCACAGAAAUAGUCAUAGUCAUGGCUGUGCACCAUGUAUGCCCGCCUAUAACAAUCAAGACGCAAAUAGUCUUGAAGCCUACGACCUCGCUAGCCCGUGUUGUGACCCUCACUGCGUUCCCAAUUCUAGAAAAAAGGUACGUCGUAAAAAAGAAUCGUCUAAAGAACACAAAAGAAAAGAAAAGUGUCAUCAAGUCGAUAAAUCUACACAGAAACCAGAUGCUUGUUCUCACAGUCAUUCUAAAAAAGUUUGCAAUUCUGGUCAUUGUUCUAGUAGAUAUCGUUACUUAACAACGGAAUCGACACAGACAAGCCAAUGUAGCUUACAGUCAUAUGCAACCAGCAAUGCAACAGUACCGUGUGACAACUCAGCAUCAAGUUAUAGCACAUCUCUUAGUAGUGAUACUCUUUUCUGGGACAACGACCGUUCUGAAGCAAAGUCUUCGCCAAAAAUUCAAUAUCAAAGUUCCCAUCAACAUGUCAAACCUAAGUCGUGGGAUAAUUUGGCUACAAAAGCUAUUGGAGGAUAUGGCUUUGGUUACGGCUAUUUAGAUACCACUGUUAAACAAACAAACAGAUCCAAAAGUCAUGGCCGAAGCCAUGGGGGUCGUAGUGGUCAAAAUCAUCAUGAAUAUCAUCAUACUCAAGAAAAACAUACACACAGGCAAAAUGGAACCCCUCAUCAUUACGUUUAUGGAAGAAGCCAAAGCCAUUGCCCCCCAACAAAGUCUACUGAGAGUUUGAUUGUAGUAUCCAAAUACCAAUUAGAAAGCAGUGGAUCAGAAAGUAGGUUGGCGUGCGAUUGCGGUGACUCAGUUGAAUACUAUCGUCGCAUAGGACCGACAAAAAGCCCUGUGGAGUCCCAUUCAAACUAUUACUCACAGCGAUUUAUUUAUCCCGCUCAUUCAUAUAAAAAGAAAGACCCAAAUGUUAGCUCAGAAAUAACUAGAUUAUAAAUCGUUAACAAAAAAUUUGCUCAAAUAAAAACCUAAAGCUUAUUCCAAAAUAUGUUUUAACUAAUUUAUAAGCUUUAGUUACUUUGUUUCACACAAAUCACAAUUUACAAUUGUAGUUUAAUGGAAAAAAUAAUGCGUCAUAGUUUUGGUGAUAUUAAUGUAACGAGCACAAGAAAUAGCAAUAUUUUUUUCUCAAAAUAAAAUUUUACAGCGAAAAUUUAUACAUACGUAUUUAAGUCAUGAAAUUUUCUCAUAUUUUGUGAAUUGUAUCGCUGUAUAAGACAGCGGGAUCAACGAUCGUAGACCCUUUUGAAAACAUUUUAUCAGCUUUAUACUCGUUGAUAUAUAGUUUUUAAUAAAAAAAUGA